AUGGCUUUCCUUGAAGGCCUUAUCAUUCUCUUUCCAAUUAUAAUUUGCUUUGUAGUUGUCUUAUAUAUAAGUGGUCGCCGUAAUUCUAUCAUCCCAACAAAUUGGCCGGUUCUUGGUGCAAUACCGGCAAUUGUUGUAAAUUACCGCAGAGCCCAUGAAUACGCCACUGAUGUUCUAGCAAUCACUGGUGGAACAUUCCUGUUAAAAGGACCUAUGUUUGCCAAAAUGGAUAUGCUUUUCACCUCAUGUCCGGAAGACAUCCAUCACAUUAUGAGCAAAAACUUUCCUAAUUAUCUAAAAGGCCACAAAUUCCGUCAGAUCUUUGAUAUCCUUGGAGAUGGAAUAUCCAAUAGCGAUGGAGACAUAUGGCAGUUCCACCGCAAAACGUACAUGCUUCUCUUUAACCACCCUAGCUUUCAUAGCCUCAUCAAUAAGACUGUCUGGAGUAAGGUUGAAAAAGGGUUGCUACCAGUUCUUGACAAUAUUUCGGGACAAGGGUUGGAGACGGAUUUGCAGGAUAUUUUUCAAAGGUUUGGGUUCGAUACUAUAUGUAAAUCACUUAUUGAUUACGACCCCGAAAGCAUGUCUCUUGAUUUUCCUUACAUUCCUUGUGAAAAGGCUUUGUCACAUGCGGAAGAAGCCAUAUUCAUUAGGCAUGCCAGGCCAGAAAUAUUAUGGAAACUGCAACGAUUACUUAAUUUGGGAAAUGAGAAAAAGUUAAGCAAUGCUUGGAAAAUCAUUGAUCAGUUCAUGUACAACCACUUAACCGAAAAACAAAAGGAAAUUACUAACAUGAUCCAUGAGCCCCGAGAAGAAAAUUACAAGUUUUUAACAGCUCUAAUGAGAGAGGUAAAAGACCAAAGUGUCACGUCUAAUAAUACCAAUAAGUUUUUGAGAGACAUCUUGUUGAAUUUGCUUAUUGCAGGAAGAGAUACCACUAGUAGUACCUUCUCUUGGUUUUUUUAUCUUCUUGCCAAAAAUCCAAAAGCAGAAGAUAAGAUCAGAGAAGAGCUUGAGAAGCAACUAGACAAGAAAUUGGGUGAUAUCCAAGCAAUAGAUUUGGACAAUCUGGUUUACCUUCAUGGUGGAUUAUGUGAAGCCUUAAGGCUGUUCCCUGCAAUUCCGCUUCAGCACAAAAUUCCAGUACAACCGGAUACGCUUCCAAGUGGCCACCAAGUAGAUUGCAACACCAAAAUUAUUCUAUGUUUUUAUACCAUGGGAAGGAUGGAAUCAAUAUGGGGAAAGGAUUGUCUGGAGUUUAAACCUGAAAGGUGGUUUGCAGCAGGAGGUGGAAUCGAACAUCAACCAUCUUAUAAGUUCCCCGCGUUUAAUGCUGGUCCAAGAAGUUGUUUGGGUAAGCACUUGAGUUUCACUCAGAUGAAGAUAGUGGCAGCUACAAUCAUAUACCAUUACCACGUGGAGCUGGUGGAAGGGCAACUAGUGGUACCAAGUAAUUCUGUUGUCCUCGAGAUGAAGAAUGGUUUGAAGGUGAGGUUAGCUAAAAGAAUGGUUUGA